AUGGACGGCAGACGGCAGCCUUCACGCUGGGUCUGGUGCCUUCUGGCUGUGGCACUUCUGGCUGGGGGUGUGGCAUCUACGGGGGCCACGGACAACAGCCCAACGUCCAACAGCCUGGAAGGGGGCACUGACGCCACCGCCUACUGGUGGGGAGAGUGGACCAAGUGGACGGCUUGCUCCCGCAGCUGUGGGGUCGGGGUGACGUCCCAGGAGCGGCACUGCCUGCAGCAGAGGAGGACGUCCGUCACGGGCGCUGGGAACAGGACGUGCAUGGGCACAUCCAAGCGGUACCAGCUGUGCAGAGUGCAGGAGUGUCCGCCGGACGGGAGGAGCUUCCGAGAGGAGCAGUGCAUCUCCUUCAACUCCCGCGUGUACGACGGGCGGACGCACCAGUGGAAGCCCCUGUACCCCGACGACUACGUCCACAUCUCCAGCAAGCCAUGCGACCUGCACUGCACCACCGUGGAUGGCCAGCGGCAGCUCAUGGUCCCCGCCCGCGAUGGCACGUCCUGCAAGCUCACCGACCUGCGAGGGGUUUGCGUGUCUGGAAAAUGUGAGCCCAUCGGCUGUGACGGGGUGCUCUUCUCCACCCACACGCUGGACAAGUGCGGCGUCUGCCAGGGGGACGGUAGCAGCUGCACCCACGUGACGGGCAACUACCGCAAAGGGAACGUCCACCUUGGUUACUCUCUGGUGACCCACAUCCCGGCCGGUGCCCGAGACAUCCAGAUCGUGGAGCGGAAGAAGUCUGCUGGUGUCCUGGCUCUUGCAGAUGAAGCUGGUUACUACUUCUUCAAUGGCAACUUCAAGGUGGACAGCCCCAAGAACUUCAACAUCGCGGGCACCGUGGUCAAGUACCGGCGGCCCAUGGACGUCUACGAGACCGGCAUUGAGUACAUCGUGGCGCAGGGGCCCACAAACCAGGGCCUGAAUGUCAUGGUGUGGAACCAGAAUGGCAAAAGCCCCUCCAUCACCUUCGAGUACACACUGCUGCAGCCGCCGCACGCCCACCGCAUCCAGCCUGUCUACUACAGCUUCUCCGAGCCCACGUCUGAGAGCGCAGAGAGCCAGGAGCUGGACGGAGCCGCACUGCUGGGCUUCCUGCGGCACAACGGCUCCUUCUACGGCCAGGCCUCCUCCGAGCGCCUGGGCCUGGACAACCGGGUGUUUGGUCACCUGGGCCCGGGGAUUGAGCUGGGUCUGAGCAAGGGCCAGGAGACCAACGAGGUGUGCGAGCAGGCCGGCGGCAGGGCCUGCGAGGGACCUCCUAGAGGCAAGGGCUUCCGAGACGGCAAUGCCACCGGGACAGCUCUCGCGGGGGACAAGGAUGACCAAGAGGUGGAUGCACGUCUCACCUCUCAGCGGCUCCUCUCUGCCAAUGUCAUCUCCGACCAGCUCCUGGGCGCAGGCUCCGACUCCAGGGAGCUCCCCUUCAACGAGACUGGCAACAGCAUCUUUGUGCAGGGCGCGCCGAGGAGCUCCCCGGCCGAGAGCCUCUACGUGGACUAUGAGGAGAACGAGGGAGUCGGUGCUUAUCUGCUCAAUGGGUCCUACCUGGAGCUGAGCAAUGACAGAGUGACCAACACCUCCUCUGAGGCCCCGUUUCCGAACGCCAGUGCCAGCCUCCCAGCCAUGGCUGGGAACCGGACUCACAAGGCCAGGACCAGGCCCAAGGCACGCAAGCAAGGCGUGAGCCCAGCGGACAUGUACCGGUGGAAGCUCUCGUCCCACGAGCCCUGCAGCUCUACCUGCACCACAGGGGUCAUGUCGACCUAUGCCAUGUGCGUCCGCUAUGAUGGCAUCGAGGUGGACGACAGCUACUGCGACGCCCUGACCCGUCCUGAGCCUGUCCAGGAGUUCUGCGCUGGGAGGGAGUGCCAGCCCAGGUGGGAGACCAGCAGCUGGAGCGAGUGCUCACGCACCUGCGGCGAGGGCUACCAGUUCCGCAUCGUGCGCUGCUGGAAGAUGCUGUCCCCCGGCUUCGACAGCUCCGUGUACAGUGACCUGUGUGAGGCGGCCGAGGCCGUGCGGCCUGAGGAACGCAAGACAUGCCGCAACCCAGCGUGCGGGCCCCAGUGGGAGAUGUCCGAGUGGUCCGAGUGCACGGCCAAGUGUGGGGAGCGCAGCGUGGUGACCAGGGACAUCCGCUGCUCGGAGGACGAGAAGCUGUGUGACCCCAACACCAGGCCCGUGGGGGAGAAGGACUGCACGGGCCCCCCCUGCGACCGCCAGUGGACUGUCUCCGACUGGGGCCCGUGCAGUGGAAGCUGUGGCCAGGGCCGUAUGAUCCGGCACGUGUACUGCAAGACCAGUGACGGCCGGGUGGUGCCCGAGUCGCAGUGCCAGACGGAGACCAAGCCUCUGGCCAUCCAUCCCUGCGGGGACAAGAACUGUCCCGCCCACUGGCUGGCCCAGGACUGGGAGCGGUGUAACACCACUUGCGGCCGGGGUGUGAAGAAGAGGCUGGUCUUGUGCAUGGAGCUGGCCAACGGGAAGCCACAGACCCGCAGCGGCCCCGAGUGCGGGCUGGCCAAGAAGCCCCCCGAGGAGAGCACCUGCUUCGAGAGACCUUGCUUCAAGUGGUACACCAGCCCGUGGUCAGAGUGCACCAAGACCUGUGGGGUGGGCGUGCGGAUGCGAGACGUGAAAUGCUACCAGGGAACGGACAUCGUCCGGGGCUGCGACCCGCUGGUGAAGCCUGUCGGCAGGCAGGCCUGUGACCUGCAGCCCUGCCCCACAGAGCCCCCAGAUGACAGCUGCCAGGACCAGCCAGGCACCAACUGCGCCCUGGCCAUCAAGGUGAACCUCUGCGGCCACUGGUACUACAGCAAGGCAUGCUGCCGCUCCUGCAGACCCCCUCACUCCUAG